AGCUGCGCCGUCGUCCGCCGAGUGGUUUGACUUGACUUGGACGUCUAGCGUUGCUGCUCCGCACCUUCCAUGAUUCAGUCCGGCAUCACCCCGCGACGUCUCUUGUUGCUGCAGUCGAGCGCGCGUGCGUUCCAAACCUUCAGCUGAGAUCGCGAAGGUCGACAUCUCUGCAGGCUGGGGCAAGCCCCGGGGAGGAAUUGUAGAUGAUUUGGUUUCUUCUUUAUCCGCUGCGAGGGACGACCGAACCGCCCAAACUCUCGCCCGCCCACCCGAUCCGCCGCGCCUUCCACGCUCACGGCACCGCCACCGCGCAGCACUGGCAGCUAUCCCUCGUCGUUACCAUCAGCGUCUCGGUGCUGCUCUGCUUUCCGGCCGUUUUCCAGGCCCACAGCCCCGCUGCUGCCGGCCUGCGCAACCUCCCGCAGCAUGUCUGGACCUCGACGACGGAAGUCGAGGGCGAUCGCCCGGCCGAUGUCGUAGUGCGCCAGGCCUGGGUGCACGGCGACUACAUGGGCGCUCUCAACCAGAGCGUGCUGCGCAAGGCACUGCACGUCCAGCAUGCCCUCAUCAACGGCGGCUUCGACGCCAAGAACCCUAGGCCGGCCACCAUGUUGGUGCCCGACCAUCUUGGCUGCGUCGUGCCGGGCCGCGGGGAGCGCUGGGGCUGGCAGUCGCCGCUGAUGUACUGGGCCUGCUCGCAGGAGGCGCUGGAUAGCGACAACAACAUCCUGGCGACCAUCAAUGCGCGCAGCAGGGACCAGACGCCUAUGAACCUUACGCUGCGGCCGAGCACAGUCUUCGCAGGCAAGCGCUUCAUCAAUACGGAGCUGCAAGCCGCCGACGCGCUAGUUGUGUCUCUGUUCGACCGCACCGAAAACGCCGAUGUCGAGGACAUGUGGACUGCACGCGCAAGAGCGCUGGCACAGACGCUUGAAUCCGACUGGGUCAUGUUUCCUCAAGACGGGCAAACCCUACGGAACAGUCUAUACGAGUUUCGUCUGAAGCCAAUGUCGAGAUUGGACGACUUGUUCCUUGCCGCCUCGUACAUGGCUACCUCAGUCUACGUCAUCUGGAAGAUGAUGCAGCUACGCGCCGUCAAGAGUUGGUUCGGGCUACUCAUCACCAUCGGCGUCAAGAUGGCCAUCUGCAUCAUCGCCAGCUUCUCCUUGUGCACAUGGCUCGGAAUCGAUCUGGCGCGGAUACCGAGACCCUGGUUUCCCUCCGUGGUGUUCUGCUACGGGCUGGGGAACAUAUUUCGGCUGAUCAACGCCGUGCUGGAAACACCGCCAGAAAUGCCUCCGCACCAGCGCAUCGGGAAUGCCCUGGGCGAAGUGGGCCAUUUGUCCCUGGCAGUUGCUUUCCAGAAUCUGGCCCUGAUCUACCUGUGCUCACGAUUCGUGUCGCCCUGGGUGGCUGACUUCUGUGUCUUUGCGGCAGUAACGCUCGUCUUCGACUUUGUCUACCACCUCACGUUCUUUGUGGCUGUCUUGAGUGUGGACGUACAGCGCAUGGAGCUCUCUGAUUCAAUCGGACAAGCCCAUGGCUCUAAAAGGCGCCCAGAACGACAGUCGUGGUUCGCGGCACUGAUGGAAGGCACCACGCCGCUGAGCACACGUUUCGCUGGCACGGUCGCCAUUUUUUCCAUCAUCUUGGCCAUCAACUUGCAUUUUUUUGACUUUAGUGACCAGCAAUUAUCUUUCGCUACCGUACGCAAGAACUUCAUGGCUAAAAAACAACGCCGGAGCACUGGAGCUCAAUGGGCGUCUCCCCCAAUCAACCAGGCAAGAACACCAGCUGAGUGGCUGAAGCUGCAAGAUCACAACACGGCAAAGGAACUGUUCGCGCUCAUUAAGCCUGGGGCUUACAGCUUCAUCGCUCGCAUCUACGACCCAAUACUUGUCGUCAGAAAGGGAGCGCAAGGACGAGACAAACCGCAAGUACCCACUACACUGAUAGGCCAUCUUCGGCGGUUCGCGCAAGGCCACACUUUCCCAGCAGCUCUCAUGGCAGUAUUCCUCAUAGCUGGCGUCACGCUGCUGAUGAACUACCUCUUAUGGACCGGUCUCCCUGAGGUCACAGAUGAGGAAGAGGACAAUGAAGCCUCCUUCUCUGUCAAGACCCUACCCUCACAACAAACGCUCGACAUUGUUCACAUGUCGGCUUGCCCCAAAGGCUACCUGGUGGGCAUCAGCUUGGAUAGAACGACCUCGAUCUGGAUGACUGGACGGACAGGCUACAUGCCUACAACCUUGCAGACGGCCUGCAUGAAGCCAAAGCUAUGGCCGAUUGUAGCAAGUGCGAUGGACGAGAGCGGCACCUUCCUCGCCAUUGCUACUGACGCAGGACGUAUUGGUAUGUGGAGUCUGCCUACUUCUCGAUUCGUCAUGUUCCCGAACGUCGACUUUCGGGGACAGGUCCCAGCGCUAUUCUCUUUCGUCAGCAUCAUGCGCCAUGACAACGAGAGGCCGUAUGUCGUAAUCCUCAGCCCAGACGGCUAUCUCACCGAACUCGAGGCACGGACUGGCAUACACCGGACCAAGCGCAUUAGCGCUACUGCCAUACUCUGUGCUGAGAUCUACGUCGGUGCCAGAGGCGAAGCGAGCCUGGUGUUCGUGUGCAAACCAGGCGAAGUACAUGUCUUGUCGCUGCAGGAACCUAACAAUACCUCGUCUGAGGUUGUUGCUAGUCUGGAUCCCGGACCGCCGCCUGACAGCAAUCCCUCCAAGAUCCAAUGUCUCCAUGCUGUACCCAGUCUCGGGUUGAUUUUUGCGCUCCGCGAUGAGAGAGCGGAGAUUUUCGAUUUCAGUAGCAAGGCUCUGAUACAUGCCUUCGAGAUCGGUCACCUAAAGCAACAUUCUAUCCGGGUUAUGCAUUCUGCACGGCGCCAAUGUCCGUGUGGUGCACCGGCUGUACAGACGCUGUCAGUUGUGUAUGCUGAGCAAGACCGACAACAUAUGAUAAUGCAGACUUUCAGCCCCGAAGACUCUUUGACAUCCCAGAUCUGUCUCGGGAAGCCACUGGACAGAGCAAAACACGCUUGCCGAGGGCUUGAUAGUGCCGCAGAGGCUGUUCUCUGUGUCGACUCCGCCGGUGUAUGGGAGUCAACAGGGGCCUCCAGCGUGGUGGGUGUGCGCAGGCGCACACCAUCCGCUGGUGCUUCAUCCGUCACAUCAGAUGAUGAGGAGGAUGUGCCGAAUUCGAUAACCCCUACUUCAGCCAUAAGACAGCGUGCCAGCAAGCCAGAAAGCGCGCUCGUCUCGUCCAGGAUCACCAGCGCUUUCACCACCGACCGUCGACACACUUACACACCGACCGACGAGGCUGAUUUAUGGGAAGCCUGGUCAUUGUCCUCGACCGGCGACUUCCGUGCGCGAUCGUUGCGAUCUGACGACCACAACGAGCUGGAAGACGACGUCGAAGACGAUCUUUUCGUAGUGGCGCCGGGCCCCAUAACAAGACUGGCCAAGCGGAGUGUGGCAGUGGGAUUUGGCAACACUGUGAAGAUCAUCACGAUCGGCAAGGAGCUCUUCGAUGGCAUGACGGUGCAGAGUGGAGGCCAUGACAUUGACCUCGGUGGUUACAGGGUGCGAGGGAGGCGAGGGACGGACCGAAGAGCUCUCUGAGCAUUCACUCCUUAUACGGCGUUCAGGAUCACAGGGCUUGGGCCAUUUUCAGCGCGGCGUUACGCGGGCGGCUUGCUUCAUCUUAAUCGUACAUGAGCCGCAGUGUAGAGUUUAUAAAAGAAUCUAAACUUGUGACCUAGCGUUUUUGUCUUUG